AUGCGCCCCAGCACGAGCUUGGCUCUUCUCUCUCUGUCCUCGCAAGGUCUUGCGCAGGGCGGCGACGACUUCAACUGGACGGCCAUCACGGCUUCCAAGACUCUCCAGUACCAGCCUUGCUACGGCAACCGCACGCUAUGCGCGCGUCUCAUCCUGCCCCUCGACUACAAAACCCCAAACGAUACCCGAUCCGUCAUCGUCGCCAUCACCAAGUACGCUGCCGCGGUACCCGAUGACCACCCUACUUUUGGCGGUUCCAUCUUUGUCAACCCCGGCGGACCGGGGGGCUCGGCAACCGACUUUGUGAGGAAGCUAGGAUCAGAGCUCGCAGGACGCUUGGAGACGUCUGGACGCCGUCACUACGAGUACAUUGGGGUUGACCCGCGCGGGAUCGGGGCCAGCUGGCCGCCCUCCAACUGCUUUCCCGGCGACAUGUUUUCGCGUCAAAUGUUCAAGAUGGAGAGCAGGGGUCUCGGGCCCGCGAUUGCCGGAGGGCGCCCGCUGUCCUACGGACUUGCGCUGCAGGAUGGCUUCGGAAAGCACUGUCUGGAGGCGGACAGGAGCGGUGCCAACGGCGGCCCCGUCAUGGCCUAUGCCGGCACCGCCUACGUCGCCAGAGACAUGGUCGAGGUGGCCGAUCGCAUCGAGGAGUUGCGAGGGAAGCAGCAGCUCAACGGCACCAGGACCCAAUCAAGCCGUGCAAAGGAUGUCGCCCGCAUCAAGUACAUUGGCUUCUCGUACGGCACGGUUCUCGGCCACUACUUUGCGUCUCUGUUUCCCGAGCGAAUCGAACGAGUCGUUCUAGACGGAGUCGUCAACGCAAAGGACUACUCUACCGGCCCUGGCUGGACAACGUCCAAUGUAGACACGGACAAAAUCUACGACAAAUUCUUCUCGGGAUGCCACCAAGCCGCGUCGUCCUGCGCCCUCGCCCGCGCAACAGACCGCUCCCCCCACGACAUCAAGGCCCGCUUCGCCACCUGGCUCGGCAAAGUCAAGGCCAAGCCCCUCAACGCAAUCGGGCCCCAGGGCGACGUCCGCGUCCUGACCGAGUACGACGUCCGCGCCUACAUGGGCGCCUCGUUCUACAACCCCAUCCAGACCUUCCAGAGGAUGGCCUCCAACUUUGACGGCGCCAUCAACGGCAACACCACCGCCCUGUUCAACGACUACUUUGCCGGCAUCACCCCUCCGCACGGCAAAGACGGCUGCGUCUCGGACAGCGCCCUGGGCGCGGACGGCGGCGACGGCGGAUACCCCGUCAUCUGCGGCGACGGAGAAGACGUCACCGCCAAGGACGCCGCCUGGUGGCGCCACUACGCCCGCCGGCUCGCCUCCACCUCCUGGAUCCUCGGCCCCUCGUGGAUCAACGUCCGCCUGCCCUGCGCCGGGUGGAAGUUCCGGUCCAACUGGCGCUUCACGGGGCCCUUUACCACCCCGAGGGCCCGAACGGAUGCCGCGGGCAACCCGGUUCCCGGGUAUCCCGCCGCCCCGAACCUGUACCUCUCCACCCGGCUCGACCCGGCCACGCCGCUCGCCUCCGCCCGCGAGAUGAGGAGGGGCUACCCCGGCGCCGGCCUCGCCAUCGCCGAGACCAUGGGCCACAUCGCCAUGCAAUCGGGCGGGAACACCAAGUGCCUCGACAGCCUGGUGGAGCAGUAUCUCGAGACGGGUCUCGUUCCCAGAAGCGAAGUCGUCUGCCAGCCCGCCUGCGGUCCCUGGGACAAGAACUGCAGCCUUGAAUCCGGCUCUCCCGGUGCUGGUGCUGGUGCUGGUGCUGGUGCUGGUGCUGCGUCACUGGGUUUUGAUGCCGCCUUCUUGAGCGCCCGUCUCUAUUGA